AUUGCUAUUUUUUCUCAACACGUCUCCACUUUUACAUUCUCAGAAAUAGCUCUCAUAUAAUUUACUCUCAAAAAUGGAGAAUUAUGCAACAAUAUUUCCAUCAGCAUCAUCGUCGUCAUCUCAUCAUGAUGAAUAUAUUUCAUUAAUGAAUAGCAAGAGUAGUAUCAGUGACGAUGCAAAAGAGGAAUUAUUAUUCCAAGGGAAGAAUAAGGCCGGGUUCUUGGGACUAAUGGCAAGCAUGGAAACUCCAAGAGAUAUUAUUACUAAGAAGGAUGAGGUGAUCAAAUCGUGUAAGAAGAAAAUUAAGAAACCAAGAUAUGCUUUCCAAACAAGGAGCCAAGUUGAUAUUCUUGAUGAUGGUUAUAGAUGGAGGAAAUAUGGACAAAAGGCUGUCAAAAACAACAAAUUCCCAAGGAGCUAUUAUCGAUGCACACAUCAAGGAUGUAACGUGAAGAAACAAGUACAAAGAUUAUCCAAGGAUGAACAAGUAGUAGUAACUACUUAUGAAGGCAUGCAUUCACAUCCCAUCGACAAAUCUACCGAUAACUUUGAGCACAUUUUGAGUCAGAUGCAAAUCUAUACUUCCUUUUAAAUAUUUAUUUAUCUUUCAAUGCCUAAGGCAUAUAUCUCAUCUCACUAUAUAUUAGUUACAUGUAAAAUAAUACUGCAGUGUGUACAUGCGUUUUAAACAUAUAUAGACGCAGAGAAUUUUAUUGUGUCACUAUAAAGAUUGUUUUCAAAAGAUAAAAGAAAAUAAAGCAUAGUUAAUUUAAUAC